AGCCCUUUGCUCCCCCCGGUGCUGACGCGUCUUCCUGGGGCGGUGCAGCCGGGGAGGCGGCCGGGGCGGGUGCCUUUGCAAAAACCUGGGGUGGUAUCCGGGUCCCCGGCAUCAGGAUCUUGCAGGGUUGGGGUUGCAAUCCGGGCGAGCCAUGGUGGUGCUGAAGGGGACAGAUCCUGGAGCAACAAGAGGAGGCGUCCAGGAGGAGCAACCAGGAGCCCCCCUAAACCAGCCCUAUGGAAGGAUCGAGGAUUGCUUGCCGCCGCUGGCCAGCCCCACCGCAAAGAGGUUUUCCCCGGCGAAGCGAAAGCAGUACUACAUCAACCAAGCCAUACGAAAUUCGGAUCUCAUCCCCCGGGCCAAAGGGCGCAAGAGCCUGCAGCGCCUUGAGAACACACGUUAUCUGAUGACUCUCCUGGAGCAAGACGAAUGCACAGGGGAAGACGGGGAAAUCGUCCACCCGGCUAGUCCUAGCAUCUUCACCGAAGCCUGUAACAACGAGACGUACGUCAAGAUUUGGAACGACUUUAUGAACCGUUCCGGCGAGGAGCAAGAGCGGGUCCUCUUGUACCUGGAAGAGGAGGCGAAGAAGAAGCAGAAGAGCAAACUGGCCGAAAAAGCAGAUGUCAAGUGGAAAGAACAUGCCACUUACACCCCGCAAGAGUGUUUCCAGCGCAUCAGCCGGCGCCUGAGGACCACGCUGAAGCGGAGCCGUAUCCCCAUGGGGACCCUGGAGUGCUUCGAAGAUGAGCUGUUGGCCUUUUUCUCGACCAGCCCUCGUUCCGUCUACACGGCAAUGAUGGACAACAGCUUCGAAAGGCUUCUCCUUCACGCCGUCUGCCAAUACAUGGACCUCGCUUCUGCCAGUUCUGACCACGAAGGAAAACGACAGAUGAAAGUGAGCAACAAACACACCAUCUUCCUGCCUCCAGAUCCACUUCUCUCAACUUACCUGGAGCAAAUGAGUUGAUGGAGGUUCCGGGUCGUCUUCCGGGGGUCCGACCCGUCCCCCCCCUUUCGAAAUUUCUGCUUCCGUUGGCUUUUUAAAAAAGUAUUUAAAGGCAAAUGAGUUUUGGCGGGGAGGGCAUCUCUCACCAGACAUGGCUAGGGAUGUUGUCUGUGGUUGCCUAGCAACCGCCUCCCAUCUCGGGUACCCAAAAGAUGCAGGCCAGCCGAUGCUUUCGUUACCAGCCCCUCCUUCAGAGUAGGAGCCCCCCGGCCCAUUUUGGGGGCCCCGAUUCUGCCUGGGAAGUCCUAGAUGUGGGGAGCCCCCCCACAACUCCAUCACCCCCCCGACCAUGCUGAGCUCCGUUCAUGGCGAACCCCAAAAAUUGGAAUCCCCUCAAAACUGGUGCAAAAGUUUUGCAGUCGGUUUUGGUUUGUUUGUUUUUUUGCAGAGAACCCCCUUUUUUGUCGCGCUCCACAAACAGCCAUAGACCCACAAACCGGGGAGGGGGGUGUCACGGGGUCACCCCCAAACCCAAUGUCAUCAUAGCCGGACUCGGGCAAACGUUUGGCAGUGAAAACGCCCCAUGUUUCGCAGUGCCCCAAAAACGGAGCCAUAGACCCUUAAACUCAUUGGGGUUUUAGGGGGGUGAUCCCCAAGUUUGAGGGUCUAUCUAUCGCUCUGUUUUUUGGGGGUGCCGCAAAACGCGGGGUGUUUCUUCUCCGUGAAAAAAGGACCGCAAAACUUUGGCACCAGUUUCGAGGAGGGGUCCCAGAUUUUGGGGUUCGUAGUUAACGAAGCUGCUUGGGGCUGAUGGGAGAGGAGACCACAAAGUUUGUGGGGUGGGGCUGGGUGAAAACUUUUUUAGGCCGCACACCCCAAAAAUAGGGUUGCGUUGCAUUGUUCGACUCAGUUGGCCAGGCCGCUUGAUUUUCAAAACAACCCUUUGAUUUUUAAAUGCCGUCCGUGAUUUAGUCUGCGAGCAAUUUAUAAAAAUACGUAUAUUUUUAAUGGGUCCCUCCUUUUUUGAAAAAAAACUGGGAUUUAUAAAUGGCUCAGUGCGAAUGGGCUACAAUUCCUCCCCCCGCAAAUAGAAGUAUCGCAUCUCAAAUUUGGAGAAUUUGAAAAGGGGCGAUUUCUCUGACCCAAUUUGACGCAGUCAUGUGUUUUUUUUUAGUUUGCAUUUUUGCAGUGCGACAAAAGGGAAAUCCUUCGCUUUUUGCUUUUUCGGGAAAAGCUUUCCUCUCUCCCGUGAGCUUUCUCGAAAGAACUGCAAGGGCUCUCCUAUCGGUCGUUUUUUGCAGUCGCCGUUCUGACCUCCUGGAGACAACUAUCUAUUUAUAUAUAUAUAUAUAUCCCUGGUUUUUGGAAAGCAAAUUUUAUAGAGCUGGCGUUAUAACGGCUGGCUUCAGCUUUGGCUCGGCUCGAUUUUAAAGCGGCAAAAUUGGGGUUUACCCACAAGCGCCUUGAAUUCUGAAUAAAUUUUGGGGGGUGCGCAAGACCCUUUUUUUCAAGUUCGGCAGAGGAUCGGGUCCGCCUCGCGGGGGGGGGGGUGUCGUGCCAGGAAACAGCCAAUCCGAUCUGGCUUCUGGGCAGAGGUAGACUGCUCUUGGGACUGGAGGUUCUCCCUCUCAGUUUCAACGGGCUUCGUUUGUUUCUGUCGCAACGCUCUUUUAUUAUGGGAUGGCGGGGGGACGGGGACAAUGCCUCUUGGAAAUUGGGGUCCCUCCCGCAAACACCUUUAGGAGGAAAAAGUGUUCUAACUGGCCUUAAUGGUGCUUCGAUUCGUAAUCCGAAUUUCUCUGAAUUUGGGGGUCGGGUCGUAUUGUGACUGUAGCCAAACUACACCCCCCCCUAAAAAAAACCACCCACACACAGCAGCCAUCCGUUCUCAGCCGAACUGCCUCAUUUUCUAAAUGUAUGAAUGACAAUUGCAGGUUUCCCCUUCCACCUCCCAAGUUGUCAGAAGCCAGCCUGCGUUUUGUAAAAUGUAAUAUAGUGUAUUUUUAAAGAUAAUAGGUGUGUAUCCGUACAUUUUAUGGCCAAUGGAUUCGGAUUUUGUUUUCGGUUUCCCCCCAAAUUGCUAUCUACUGAUGAAAUGACCCUGGCAAAAUAAUAAUAAUAAUAAUAAUAAUAAUUAUCCCAUCUUCUUAGCCGCUGGUCUGUUCGUUUGGUUUUCCCCAAUUUGCUCUUUCGUGCCAUAAAGCGAGUUUUUUAAAAUAUUAAAUUAAAUUGAAACGUGCAUCGCCGCCGGUUCCAAAGAAGUCUACGCAAGUUACUAGACCUCAAAAAGGAAUUUAGCCGAGCUUGCUCCUCGGGAACAGAUUCCUUUCCCUUCAUAGGGCAGGGCAGGGAAACCUGUGGUCUUUCGAUUGUUAGAACCGUAGAAUUGUGGAGUUGGAAGGGACCCGGAGGGUCACCACUAAUUGAAUAAAUUAAUAAAAUAAAAAUAAUAAUUCAGGCAGGGGGCGACAGGGAACCUCCUCCCAGGAUAUCAGGCCGGAGGGUCACCAUUAAUUGAAUAAAUUAAUAAAAUAAAAUAAAUUAAUAAAAUAAAAAAUAAUACGGGCAGGGGGGCAACAGGGAACCUCCUCCUGGGAUAUCAAGUCAUAAUUAAUUGAAUAAAUUAAUAAAAUAAAAAUAAUUCAGGCAGGGGGGCGACAGGGAACCUCCUCCCAGGAUAUCAGCCCCGAGGGCCACCAUUAAUUGAAUAAAUUAAUAAAAUAAAAUAAUACAGGCAGGGGGGUGACAGGGAACCUCCCAGGAUAUCAGUCCCAAGGGUCAUCAUUAAUUGAAUAAAUUAAUAAAAUAAUACAGGCGGGAUUAUUUGGAUCCUGUAAAAAGGGCGAACCUGGAGGAGGCUUCCUGCUGCAUCUCUGUCUGAUAUACUGGUCUGCCCUUCACAUGCUAGUUUGAAUUCCUAUCUGUACAGGGGAUCGAUUUCUGACCUUGGGGAGCCUAGGCUUCAACCAGUGGUGAUCAAUAAAAGAUAUGAGCCGAGAUUUCUGCAUUGCACGGGGUUGGUCUGGAUGACCUUUGAGGGGCCCUUCCAACUAGGAAUCAUCGGGAAAUAGAGGGUCUUAUAAAUCAGUUAAAUUAUUGCCCUUUCCCUCCGGCUACUGAUCACAUGUGGAUUUUUAUUUUGAUUGUUGCAUGCUCAGAAAAAUAUACCAAAGUUGAGUUUUUGUGUGAGUGUGUGUGUGGUUUUAUGAUGAUCCGCAAUGUCCCUUUGCAGAUGUUCUUAUUGAGAAGUUGUUGCACUUAUUGUGAUUUUUCAGACUUUUUCCGAGACGAUGCCACAAUUUCUGGGGUUUUUUCUUGGAAAGGAUCUUUUAUUCCUCUUGUGUUGCCACGAUGGUGUCAAAACAGUGGGAUUUUGUGGGAGGGCAGCCAAAUUUGUGGGGUUAACUUGACCCUUAGUCAGAGGAAACACAUUUUCCCCUGAAAUAUACUUAGGCUGGGGGGUGUUUGCAAGUUUGCAAGCUCCCCCUAUUUGGGGAAAAACUCCCUUCCUGCAGAAAUCUAAUCUGCCAAGGAAACCACUGCCCAACCUUUCUAAUUUUCCACAUGCAAGAAGAAUUGGGGGGGGCAUUUGAACACAAAAUACACCCCCCAAUACACACUUUCCUUGCACUGCAACGGCGCAGAGACCUUCCUUCUGCCGAAUGUACAAACCAACUUUGCAUUUUCCAGAAGAACAAAACGUCGUUCCGUGUAAGAUGUUUUUCGUGUAAAUAAUAAUAAAUCAUGCUUCUAAGA